GUAAUGAUCACUUAUUUUAGAGUUAUUUAUAAAGUUAAUCCUACAGAUUGCAUCUGCUAAUCAAGAACUCAACGAAGUCAGCUUAAGGAAGUGGAAGGGAUGCUUGGAAAAUAGAAGUUUCCAUUGUGAAGGAACAUACGAACAUUUCCCUCCCACCAUGUGGAUGAAGAUGUUUGGACUGAUGAUGCUGGGUCAUAUGUGUGGACAAGGUGGUCUUCAUUACAUUAUGAUGCAGCUGUGUAUUCAGCAACAUGUUAACCUGUCCCAGCGGAUGUUGAUGCUCUCAAAUGAUGUUGAGAAAAACCCAGGACCGGAGUAUUCAUGCAAAUGGACAUCCUGCAAGGAAGACUUUCACUCAAUAGGACAGAUAGAUGCACAUAUCAUCUCUCAUGUGGGUCAAGAGAAGUGCUGUAGAUGGAGAGACUGUACCAAAGUCCUGAGCUUUAAUCGUCUUGAAAUCCACGCACUUAAACAUCUCUAUGAUGACCAGAAUAUAUUUCGAACAUUGGAGGAUUGGCUUGCUGUGUUAGAGGAUCAUCAGGUGAAGGAAGAAACCACAAAUCUGGUGUUAUGCCCAAUGCAUUUAAGACCACAGCUGAUGCUGCCAUUAUUUGAUGAAGAGUUCAACAUCAUGGAUGAUUUGCUCACUUACACACCAAAGGAUCAUGCUAAGUAUUUAGAGGACAUAAGUAGCAAAGAUUUUGAAAAGUUUCAAAAUCUUUGUGUGGAAUUUUUACACAGAAGAUCUCUGUUAGGAGAAAGAUGGCCAGAUAUAAUAAGCCAAUAUUCCAACCAUAAUAAAGUUGCUUCUGCGUCAGCAUUGGUACCGAGUCAUGCUCCUAGGUCAUACUAUUAUGUAAAAAAAUGCACUCAAUUUGAUUUUGUUGAGACAUGUAGACCUGAACUUGGCUCCAACCUGUUUUCUGGCACGAAACUUAAAUCAUCUAAACGCAAGCGCGAGGAAGGUAAAACUGUUGGUUAUGAAUUAAGUUAUGGGGAGGAAUGGUUCAAAGUUCUUUUAGGUAAUCUUGAUAAAUGUUCAAAAGCUUCUCAAUAUCAACAACAAAUAUUACAUAAAAUGUAUGAACAACAGAUUGUAACUGGUGUUAAACAGAGUUUUUUUACUUUAGAGCAAGAAGCAGCUAGACUUUCGUCUGUUAAAAACUGCACAAAAGGAUGUUUUGUUUGUACAAUUUUUAAGUGUGUUAUUGAAGAAAAAGAAAUAAUUUAUGUCAGAUAUUUUGAAAGUGGGAUAUAUAAAGGAUUGAUGGAACAGACAUACUUAAAAUUCAUUGAAGAUAAGUUUGCAGUGUCAGAUUACAGCAUUUUGUUGCAUAAUGUAAUAACUGUAGAAGAUUGUAAGAAAAUGGAAACAGAAAAUAAUAAAUUACCCAAAAAACGAGAUAGACCAGACAAAAUUGUGAAACUUUGUAUUUCAAAAACGAUUCCCAAGUCCGCUGCUGAGCUGGAUACCAUUAUAGACACCUCAGAAAUUAGUAUGGAUUCGUUUAUAAUACAUGUUUUGCCAAAAAAAAGCAAAGCUUCAUUAGGAAAACCUGAUGAACAAUACCUUUGUUUUAAACCUUUAUCGCCUAGCCAGACACAGUCUGAAAUUAUCAAUCUGUUUGUUAACUUCCGUUUAAAUCAAGUUGAACGUAAAUUUGUCAAGUCAAAUGAUAUGCUAACUGAAAAGGUAACGGGUAACAAAACGCUUUUGGAACAAUCAAAAAUAUUGAAUUGUUUAUCAGGGGAUAUAAAAGGAUUAGAGUCAUUUUUUGCAAAAUCAGCACGUUUUGAUUCAAACUUCUUUUUUAAUUUAUCUCAGGCAACUUCGUUAAGAAAUCUUUCAAUAUAUCUUUUUAUGAAAAAAGAAUAUGCCUCACUUUUCAAUUAUUUUGUUAAGGCUUUUCCAGAGUUAAAUAAUUCCAACACCACAGAUUUUCCAGGGGCAAGUUUAUGUAAUACAAAUGUGGUAGCGAAAAAAAUAAAAAGAUGCAAAACAAUUAAGACCAAUAGUGUAACACGUACAUUUUUACAGGGCCAGUUAACAGAAGCAUUGCCUCAUGCAACCUUAAUACAAUCAUCCACAAAUUCUUCUUUGAACCUGUUUCAAAAUUACUAUUGCUCACUCCUGGAUCAUGGGACGUUUUCUAUUCAAAUGUUUGAUGAAUUAGGAAAUUUAGGCUGUGUGAUGAAUGAUUAUGAUCAGCAUGACGGCUCAUUUAAGAGGAACUCGUUUGUCUAUGUCCUCAAAUACCCACAGGAAACUAGAGAUUAUUAUCGUUGUAGUUGUAACACCUACAGUACUUUGAUAAAUAUUAAAAAUGCACACAAAUCAAAUGAUGAGUUUUUCGUUUUAGAUACAACAGAAGAAAAUGCUGUAACUCGUAUGCACUGCAAAUUUCUAGAACAGAUGGUUGUGUCAAACUUGACGGUUGAUGGCAGUAACUCUACUGAAACACGAAUUCAACGGUUUGUACAAACUGCUUUAAAUGAUAAGGAUAAAGAUUUAGUGACACUCUCUUGCAGUCAAGACACACGUGAUGAAAUAGGAUACGAGUUUAUUAAUAUGGUAACAACAUCUGGCACAACAUUUUCUGCAUUUUGCAUGAUGAAAAAUGAAUCAUACAAAUUAAGACAUCCUGAAGCUAAAUUCAUGGACCCGAAGAAUUUGCCCCGGCACGGUCACUACCCAACAAGGAAGCUAGACUUUCCUAACUACAAUCUGCCACGGCACAGUCAUUACCCAACAAGGAAGCUAGACUUUACUAACUACAAUCUGCACCGCCACGGUCACUUUACAACAAGGAAGAUAGACGUUACUAACUACAAUCUGACCCGGCACGGUCACUACCCAACAAGGAAGCUAGACGUUACUAAAUACGAUCUGGCCCGGCACGGUCACUACCCAACAAGGAAUAUAGACGUUACUAAAUACAAUCUUGUCCGGCACGGUCACUACCCAACAAGGAAGCUGGACUUGACUUAUUGCAAUGUGCCCCGGAACGGUCACUACCCAACAAACGCAUUAACACGAUUCGCAAACCCUGCACCUGGAGCCUCCCCCACAGCUUCUAGAACAGCCAGGCCAUGA